GUAAUCACUAAUCACUAGUUUGAGAGAGAGCAAGAGAGAGAGAGAGGGAGGGAGAGAAUCAAAACUGAAGUUUGCCAUGACAACAACAAACUGAAAUGCGAAAUUUCGGGCUGCGUUUGAUUCAAGCGUGAUUAGCAAUUUAGAAAAUUCCUAACCUACGCAUAUUGAAUUUUGUCGAAAUGUCGGCGUAUUCUGUUAAUAUUUCUGUGGAGGCGCCAGUGGAAAACCAAAUUCAGGAGAUCACCUACGAUGGACAAGAAAUUUACACUCCGCCUCUUACUAUGUCAGAACACCUGACGAAAUUGGCACAGAAAAUUGAUUUUGCCAAAUGCGGGCCGGAGGAGCUGAACAAAGAAAUCACUGAAAUAGACAAAAACGAAGAUGAGGCAGAGCAGUCGACGGCACCUCCACUCUGGCCGUGGGAUUCUGUCAGGAAUAAACUUAGAAAUGCACUGACUGAAGUGUCCGUCUUGGCCGAUGUUCUGUCGAUUGCCAAGGAAAAGCACUACAUGGUGCUGGACCCUGUUCCUCAGGAACCGCCAGAGCUGAAGCCAAUGGUGCAAGUUUAUGCUAGGAAGAAAGCUCUCGCUGGCGCUGCCUCGGUAUUGCUCUCAGGUGCCGAUCGCCUCAAGAACUUGCAGGCAGAGGCACUGAGGAACAGAACAACACCGGAUUUUCACAUUGAACUGCUCCGAUUACGUCAGAACUUCAGACUAAAAAAAGUUUCGAAUUCUAUUGUAGGCGAUUUAAGCUAUAGAACAGCUGGUUCCAAAUUUGCGCAAAAUGGAACGUUUGAAGUUACAAAGGCUGAGGAGGAUGGAGAUAGUCCUCUCAGUCCACCAUGUUCUCCCAACGCUAGUUUGUCCAAUAAACCGACCUCUGCGUUAAGGGUGACAGUUCCAAGUGAACUGCAAGGAGUAGCUUUCAUAAAAGUCUUCUUCCAAAAAGAUCAAGAUUCAUUGACAGCCGCUCAGCUAAAUUUGCCCUCGUCAAGCACUGCCAACGCGAUUCCUGACAUGUACUGGCAGCCUAAACUUGAAGCAGCGCAGAAUGUUUUGUUUUGCAAGGAACUCUUCAACCAGCUAGCCAAGGAUGCUGUGCAGCUGCAGUCUCCCAUUCCUCAUAUUGUCGUUGGAAAUCAAAUUAUUGCAUCAGUUUUGCCUGGUAUCCAACUGGUCAUCGGUUUGUGCCAUAGCGGUGUUUCCACAGACGGAAAAACCGCUGUCGUCCCUCCCUCAAGCAACGGGCAUGACCACGUCUUGGAGCACUCUCUGCACCAGCUGUUGAGGGAGCUGCACCACAAGAACACCCACCACCCCUUUCCGCAUCCGUCAUCAGGUCCAAUCGGACCGAGCAAAAGGCGCCGCCUCGCCGGGCCUUGCGCCGUGGACCGCGAGGAGCUCAUGCAAAUGACCCAGUCAGAGACAAUGCUUGAACAAGUCAUCAAGCAAGCGCAGCACAUCAACCUCCGCGACCGGACCCUCUUUGUUCUCGAUCGGCUCGCCAAGGAUAUCAAAGAUCCUCUCAUCACAUCUCAUUGGAAUGCACUCAACUCUCCCACGCAGUCGUGCGUGAAAAUUAACAUAGUUGCCCACAUGUACGACACGAUUUGCCGCACAUCCCUUCUCAUCCACGUGAACGAAACCACCCUCAAGUGCAUCACUCGCGAUGGCAGAGUGAUUCACAUGUCGUACGAAUCUCAGGAGUUGCGGGACUUCAUCAUGUGUCAGGUUUAUCUACACCAAAUGACCGCCGUGCAGAACCUGGCAAAGUGCAUGGGCUGGCAGUGCUUGGCCAACAGCGCGCAGCUCGGCGUGGGCGCCGUUGAGCCAUUUGGCAACGCGAGCAGCUGCGUCCUCGCGUCGCCAACAGGAGAGAGGCUCAUCUCUGUCCGCUGCGAACCGAAGUCUGGAGUACAUGUCACGAUUGCGCAGUCGCCAAGAAAAGAUUUCUUUCCAGGGCAGUUGGUCAAGGAGCGGAAAUGGGAGAAUCUCGGUGGCAGUUUCAAAGAAGUGAGAUGGGACAAAAUGGAAGGGAAAAAUUUUCUGAACAAAAUGGAGCUGUUAAUGGCUAGCUUGACUAGCUCCUAAUCAUAUAUGGAGGGGAGAGAGGGAUAAUUUAUGAACUGCAGCUCCUUGCUUGAGUAUUCAAUUAUUUUUUCGUUACUUUGUGAUAUAAACUCAAUUUGUAUCUCAAUAGAGGCAGCUCUUGCUUUCAGCUAUGCCUCACAAUGAAAAAAUGAUGUUAUUGGUUUGGAUCAAAAAUUAAAUUUUGAUUGUUUGCAAAACUUUUUGUAUCUGAAGUAACCAAUAACUUUAAAAUGAAAUUGAUGGUCAUAUUAUACUUAAAUGGGUUUGACCUAAAUUGUAGCUGUCUUAAGGAAUGUGACUAACUGAUUUUGCUUAACACUGCAAGUGUUUUGAUUAGUUAUUUAUUAUUUUUGGUUAAAAUAUUGAAAUUGAUUAAAUCGAAAACAAUUAUUUGAACUUUUUUCUGUCUUGGCUGAUUAAUUUGAUCGUUUUACUUACAUUUCAAUUAAUCUUAAAACUAAUGGCUGCAUUGAAACAUUUUUCAGCCUAGUUAGCACACAUCAUCUUUGCUAAUCUUGCCAUAACAUCAAAAUUGACACCCACAAAGUCGUUUGACUUUGUUUUCCUAAGUGACUGAAAAGACUUGCAAAAUGUCAUUGCAAAAAUGAAGGGUGUAUUUAAUGAUCAUACAAAUAAGAUAUGGCAAUUUGAUGUACGAAUUUAGUGAAAUGGAAUAUGGAAUAUUGCUUGAAUUUAUUUAUAAGUUGUGGUUUCUCGGUAAAUUGCGCUGGUCUAAUGUUGAACAAUACUUGUAGUAUUUUUUUCAAUUUAGAAAGUUGGCUUUGUUUUGUGACGUCAACGAGAAAACUAUCUGUCCACCUUUUGUGCUAUGUCAUAGUAUGAACUUUAAUGUGAGGAAAAUUAUGGUUGACUUAACCAAAUUGUGGAGUCCUUAAAUUUAAAUACUGUCCAUAAUUUUUGUGUGAGUUAUAAUACCAACUAGUGAAAGAUACUUAGGCAAUGUGAAUUUUGCAAACGUAAAUUUGAAGAGCUACACGUACAUAUUAAAAUUUCUAGUAAAUUUAAUUAACUAUAUUAAAUUUUUCUGUGUUCACUUGUAAUGCAUCAAAAUGAAUGUUAUCUUUCGCAAUAAAUAGAUUUAAAAAUUUGGAACAGAAA